AUGGAUGAAAGGUCACAUUUAUUAGGUGACAUAAAUGUUGAAGAAAGUAAUCUUAGAGAUAAUAUCGAAAAUGUUAGAGAAAAUAGAGAGAGUGCUUCACCAAAUAGCACAUACGAUAACUACAAUAGUGUACCGAUGUCAUCUUCUGUCAGUCCACUAGAUGAUUCCAUUGAAACCGUAAUAGCAACUGAAUUACAAUAUACUUAUUGGUUUAUGAAAAAAAGACAAUGGUCAAGAUUACAAAGAGGUACUUUUACAAAUGAAAAAAGAGGUUUUUCAAUUCUGUGGUUUGCUUUCUUUUUGGCUGCUUAUGGUGCAUAUCUAUUCUUACAGAUUUAUCAUUUCCAACGUACUGAUCGUAACUGCUUCCGUGCACCCACCACCUGUAUCUACGAGGGUCCGUUGGUCGACGGUCGUCCUCACGGCAUCGGUACGUGGAUGGAUACCAGUUAUCAGGGUGAGUUGCUCUCUGGUUACUGGGAGGAUGGUAUCCCGAUUGGACCGUUCGAAUCGAUGGAGAACGACACUCGUUCGCUACUCGUCAACUUGCGUAUCGUCUACGGAACGAACGGUGGUGGUAAGAGUUGGCUCGAUCGUGUACCACUACACACCGGUGUUGCUGCAGUCGAGUGUUGUGUCUCUGGUAACUUCUUCAAGGGUUAUCCAAAGGUUAGCAUGAUUAAAGGUCCUGACUUAUGUUCAUGCAAGAAGUGUUCAUGUAUUAAAAAAUUAUUUGAAAAUAGAAGUUAUAAACAUAGUGAUGAUGAUAAAACUUUGACCUCAAUUGUUGUAUCAGUAGAUAGAAAGAUGGAUACUUUAUUAGUAUCAGGUCAUAAAUCAAAGCUUUUGAAACAAGGAAAGGUUGAAAUCGAAUUAAUAUCAAAGGAUAAAAAGAGUUUAGUUUUAGAUAAUAAUUGGAUUUCCAGUCAAACUAGUGAAGUAUUCGCUCAAUUCCUUGCACUUGGACAUUUCCCUAAUCAUAUUAAACCAUUUGUUUUCAAUUGGCCAUCUUCUACCAGUUCAUUGUUGUAUUGGUGCGCACAUUCGAUUGCCUCUGACAAUGACAAUCACAGAGAUCUUCAAAAGUUUAUCGAGAGUCUUGGUAAUGCUGGAAUUAGAAAUCUUCAUAUCAUGUGUCACAGUAUGGGUACAAGAUUCUUGCUGCGUUCAUUCUCUAAAGUAAAGAAAGCAUUUGGAAAGAGAAUGGUACUCAGUCCAAACGUUAGUUUCAACAACAUUCCAAACGUGCCAGAGCAACAACAACGUCAACACGAAUCGAAAAUCAGUUUAACCAACUUGAUCUUCUUGAACCCAGAUUAUGAAAUAGAAACUUUCAAGAAUGAUUAUGAUGAACUUAGAAAUUAUUGUCCAAGAAUUACAGUUUAUGCAGAUCAUAGAGAUAUGGCAAUUAAAAUGGCAUUCAAAAUGUUACAGAAACAAAAUCUUGGUAAUAAUAUUAAUCCAAUCAGUGAUGACUAUGGUAGAUCUUUGGAUGUAGAUAUUAUCGAUACUGGUGAUUUAGAUUCAAACAUGUCAGAGAGACAUCAUUCUUUCUUUAAUAUCAAUAGAUUGAUGGUUGACGAUCUACAUGAUCUCAUUGUCACUGGAAAGAGAGCCGAAGAAAGAACAUCAAGGCUUAAAAAAGUCAACGAUGUUUAUAGAUUCUCAAUUCUUCCUUCAUCUGUAGUAGUAGUUUAA